AGUCCAGAAACAAAAAGAUUUUAAUUUUUUAAAAACAUACCAGACCUAUGAUUUCAUCAAUGUAUGAGUCAACCAGGAAAUAGCAACACCUUUUCUGCAACUUAAGUCUUAAGUGAUUUUCUUGAAGAUAUCGAGAAAAGUUAAAUGACUUGCACAGAUUCAGUCAGUAUUGUGUCUGAAGAAAGACUCAAACUGAGGGUCUUUCUAAGCCCAAGGCCAACUCUCUAUCCGCUAUGCCGUUAGUGGCCAACAUAUUUUUCAGACAUGAUUAGUAUGUCUUGUUUGACUGUACUUAAUUAAGUGAAAGUUCUGUUUCAAGGGAUAAUCAUCUAGGAUGGUAUAAAAAAAUAGGUAAUGGUUUUCCCUUAAAUUAUUAGACUUGUUCUAAGUCCCUGAAGAUAGAACUAGAAGUCAUGGAUGGGAGUUGCAGGAUGUCAUUUGGUUUUGAUAUGAGGAAAAAUUUUGUAGAACUAUCAAAAAGUAAAAUUGGCUGUCUUGGGAGGUAAAUGGAUUUCUGCUCAUUUGCAAGUCGGAUGUUAUAGUGGAGACUUUUUAGAUAUGUUGGACUAGAUAGAUGCUGAGGUCACUUCUAACAACAAAAUUCUAUUAUUUUCUGGUUCUCAUUUUGGCAGAGGGCAUUCCACAGAUUCCAGCUCCAAUCCCUACUAUAUAGCAUGCUUCUGUGUCAGGCUUCUUAUAGUUCUCAAAUGUAUCUGUUUCUGUCCAGGUGGUCUGUAGUGUACUCCAAUGAAAAUCAUGUCUGUUUCUGCCUCUUGAUUGAUACUCAUUCAAAAAAAAAAUCUCUCCACAUGAAUAUUAAGUGCUUACUACGUGCAAAACAUUGUGCUAAGUGCUGAGGACAUAAACAGAAAAAGCAGAUUCUGCUCUCAAGGCAUUCAUAUUCUAAUGGGGGAGACAAUAUAGAAGUUUUCAGCUUCUACUCAGAUGGAAAAGUCUCAUGGUCCUUAGGGUGCAGCAUCAGAGUAGAUAGGAAUACCUCCUCUGUAGGUCAUUUCAUUGAUAAAAGCAGUGUCUGAUAUUGAACCAUUUGGAAGCAACAAGGACUUCAGUAGCAGUAACUUUUGGAUCUUCAGUAGCUAUCUAUAGAACGUUCAGGAGCAGCUGCCAGGCUGCAUCCCCACAGGGGUUGUUUCUCAGGAUAGCUAUGAGCACUAGGUUGGAAAAACUGCUAUUUUUAAGGUUCUUGGGUUCAGAGUUGCUGGGGAAAUAAAUGAUAGCGGUAUAGAAGGCUCUGGAUGGUAGUUGCGGUGGCAGCGGCAGUUAUGACUUGCCUGGUACAUGUUGCCUUCUGUCUUUCCCUGAGGAUCUCUUGCUAUUAGGCAGGCUCACCUGCCCUGUGGGUGGCAGAUGGUAAUUAGUAUGUCCCAGAAGUCUUAGUGAGGUUUUAAGCUUUAAAACUGCACUAAAACUUCUGAGUCAUCAUAAACGGAUAGAUGUAUAUAUUACAACAUAUGUAUACUACAUUAUAUCUUAACAUGCAAUGCUAACUAACCUUCCCUUGCCUCCUUAUUCUUUUGAAUAAUACAUACCCAACCAUAAUCAUAUUCUAAACACAGAACCGACCCUACCAAAUCUUAGUGAUGUCUAUGAGAUUAAGUUAGCAUAAUUGCUUCAGGAUCUCUAGUUUAUUUUAUAGUGUACUUAGUAUGUAAACUGUGUACAUCUCACUACUUUGUGUACUGGUAUAUAGAGGACAUGUGUUUUACAAUGGACUCCUUUCUUGGGUUUGAUCUCCUUCAGAUUUCUGCCUCAAGGGCUAUUCUUCCUAGUUUGUAACUAUUUUCCAUAUCAUCUAAGUUUACGAAUGUACAUAGGCAGCUUUCUUCUUAAAGAGGUUUCCUUCCAGUUAACUCUCUUAAUUCACAAGACUGGGCAAAUUCAUUGUUAAAUAUGAAACAUUCCUAUAUUUUAAGUUGUGACCCCCCAAAUUGAAAUCUCAGCCUUAGAUAAACUUUUUAACCAGCUCAUGUUCCAAAUAUGCUUUCCUUUCUGAUUUCCUUCUUUUUGACAGGUAGCAGUGAUGAAAAUACCACCUGUGCUCCUGUGAGGGAUAGUUUUUUGCCCAAGACAUUCUAAUCCUUGACAACACUUUCUAGAUUCUUUCCAGCAGUACCAUCUGAACCCCAUGAAUCACUGGAAGUGAAUAAUAGUAAUCCGUUUUGACAAGUCUUGACAGGUUGUGUUACAUCAUGUAUACAUGCCUUAAGAUAGCAGAAUUCUCUAUUAAUGUAACAAGUUAAAAAACAGCUGCCUUAGUACCCCUCAAGAGGAUUACCAUUAUUCAUCUCUUCUUUCUCUGACCUGGGUAGCCUCACCUGACACUACUUUCUGAUUAUUAUUCCUUGGAGAACAAGCAAUCUCUUCUGUCAGUCAAUACCAUUUAUUAAGUACCUACUUUGUGCUAAGCAGUAUGCUGAGUUGAAGAUACUUGGGGGGGGGGAGUCUGUACUUUCAAGGAGUUCAUAGUCUAACUAAGGAGACACCAAACUAUGUAAAAAACAAGGUACAGGAUAAAUUGAAGAUAAUCAACAGAGAAGGCACUACCAUUAAAGGGGAUCAAGAAAGUUCUCUUGUAAAAGGUGGAGUUUUAGCUACAACUUGAAGGCAGGAGGAGGCUUGAAGUCAGAUGAGGGGGAAAAAAUUCCCCAUAGGGGAGGAAGACAGCCAGUGAAUUUGCCCAGAAUGGGUGGAGAGCUUCAAAACUGUUUCUUAGUUCCAAGUGUUCACUGCUGUCUCCUGCCUUUAUUUUUUGCGUCUAAUCUGUGAACCCUCCAUUAUCCUGGCAUAGAUCAAAAUUCCCCCUUUUUUUUCCUGCCUUGGUUUUCACACUGAAGCCCUACAUGCCAAUUUUAAUAGAUCAGAGAACAUGGAGAAGGCGGAAAAAGGGAGAGAGCCCCAAGCCCUUUUAUAUUUUUUUUUUCUGGCAUGGAGAGAUAUUUUGAUUGGGUAAGUAACACAACUGUGGUCAAAAGAAGACCAAUAAAAUUUAUGCCUCGUAACCAGGAAGGCCUAGUUUAAGUUAGCAUAUAUUUGUAGUAGAUGCAGUCUUGCAAGAUACUAUACUUUCUUCCAAGAGCACCAGGAAGUUCAAGCAUAGGAACUAAAUAGGUAGGUGAUAGAAGUUAUCCAGGGUUAUGUGUUAGCAGGUUAAAAGGUGGAAGGGAUUUAAGGGUGGAGCAAAGCUGACCACAAGCUUAGGUUUUGCUAAAGGGAAGAACAGAUUUGGGAGGAGAUAACAGAGUGGAAGGGAUGAAAGAGUCAGAAGAAUUCCAGAACUGAGAAGCUCUAUGAAAAUUGCUCCCUUUUGAAUAAAAGCAUAUUCAUCCUGGUGUGUUGUUGAAAUGGAGUGCAGGUGGGGAUCCCAAAUGAAGGUGGUCCCUUAAGACUUGAAAAUCAUCUUCCUUUGGGUGGAGAAAAAAAAAAGGAAUCCGAACAUGGCUUUAAAGUGGCUGGAAGUUAAGACGGAUGCAUGGCCACAGAGACAGGAUGCCUUUUUCUCGUUAAAAUGGAUUUGCAGGUGGGAAUCUUAAAACGAAGAAAAAUAACCAGAAGCCGCUAGAGACUAGGAGAUUUUGUGCUAAGUAGCUCCAGGGAGAAGGCAGUGCAGGGAGCGACAGGCCCAGAGAGUGCCGUCACCUGCUGGCAGAAACAAAAGUGAAACGCAGGUCGAGCUGGAAAGGCAUCAGCGCCGGCAGAGGCAGCCCUGGACCGCCAUUCACCUGGCGGGGCGGAGAGAGAACCCUGAAACCUGAAGCCGAGGUUCCGGGAAUCGGAAAAAACCACUGGAGCCCGAGGGCGGGGUGCAGCUAGUCAUCCAGGUAGAAGGCGGAAGCCCAGGGAGGGUUCACCUGGGCGCAGGCGGAACGCGGCUGUGAGCGGACACGCAGCCCCGGAGCUGGGGGUAAGGGCUCGGCAGCCAGACUCCCCGGAGCUAGGGGGAGGGGGCGCCCCCGCUUCUCGGCCUCGACGCCCGCCAGUGGGGCCCGCCGCCGCCAUGGCCUGGAGCGCGACGUCGCCAGGGGCCCACCAGCCCGACAGCACGGCCUUCACGCAGCAGCGCCUGCCGGCCUGGCAGCCGCUGCUGUCGGCCAGCAUCGUCCUGCCGCUCUUUUUCUGCGUGGGCCUGGCCUUCAUCGGCCUCGGCCUGGGCCUCUACUACUCCUCCAACGGCAUCAAGGAGCUGGCGUACGACUACACGGGGUACGCGGGCACCGGCAACUGCACGGCCUGCGCCGCGGCCCUGGAGGAGGCCGCCCCGCCGCCCGCCAACUGCAGCUGCCUGUGGUGCUUCUCGCUGCCCGAGCUCUUCCAGGGCACCGUGUUCUUCUACUACGAGCUGGCCAACUUCUACCAGAACGACCGCCGCUACGUGAUCUCGCGAGACGACGCGCAGCUCAGCGGGCUGACCAGCGCGCUGCGGCAGCCCUCCAGCGAGUGCGCGCCCUACCAGCUCACCCCGGCCGGCGUGCCCAUCGCGCCGUGCGGCGCUAUCGCCAACAGCCUCUUCAACGAUUCCUUCCGUCUGCUGCGCCGGCGCGAGGCCGACGACGCCUACGAGGAGGUGCCUCUCGACCGCACCGGCAUCGCCUGGUGGACCGACUACCACGUCAAGUUCCGCAACCCGCCGCCCAUCAACGGCAGCCUGCAGCUGGCCUUCUACGGCACGGCCAAGCCGCCCAACUGGCCGCGGCCGGUCUACGACCUGAGCCCGGACCCCAACAACACGGGCUUCGAGAACCAGGACUUCGUGGUGUGGAUGCGCACGGCGGCGCUGCCCACGUUCCGCAAGCUGUACGCGCGCAUCCGCCACGGCAACUACUCGGCGGGGCUGCCCCGCGGGGCCUACUGCGUGAACAUCACCUACAACUACCCCGUGCAGGCCUUCGGCGGCCACAAGCGCGUCAUUAGCAGCAUCUCGUGGAUGGGGGGCAAGAACCCCUUCCUGGGCAUCGCCUACCUGACCUCUGGCUCCCUCUGCAUCGUCACCGGCUUUGCCAUGCUGGUCGUGUACAUCCGGCACCAGGACGAGAGCGGCGACGGCGAGGACGAGGACGAGUGACCGAGCUGGGUGCUGGUGGCUGCUGCGCCCGAAGCUGCCCCCCCGCCCCGCCCUUUCCCUGGCCUUUUGGGCUGUUGUGUGCCUUUGCAAAUACCUCCUUCCCAGCUCUACCCCAUUCCAUUCCUCCUGCCAACCUCCUAAUUCCUUAAUAUUGUUCCUUAAUCUCAUUGUUUUUGGGCAGUGGUUGGAUGAAGUCUAGGGAAAUAUCCUCCUCCGCCACUUUAGUGGUUUGGAAAUGGAUCAAAUCAGCUUUUAAAGCCACCUCUCUCCAUAAUCAUCUCUUUCCCAGUCCCGUCCCAUCCCCUUGCAGCAGAAUAGAGCUGAAGUCCAGGAACGUUUACCCUCCACCUCUUUCAGGAAGAAUGGUGGAAUCUUUCUAGCUUUUUAAGCUACCUUUCCACUCCCAACUUCCCCUCCUCUUCCAUAUAGUAAAAUUCUUAAUUGUUCUUGGGGGGGCUGCUUGAAUGAUGGGCCUGAAGUCCAAGGAAGUUUCCCUUUCCUCUCUUUGAUGUGUUGGAGGUUUAACUGGGUCUUACCAGUCCUUUGAGCUACCUACCUCCUUAAAACCACUCCUUUCCAUCCCAUUCCCCUAGACGCUGGGAGCUUUCUGUAGAAUGGUACAUAACUUCAUUUCUAAUUGUCCCUGUGGGAGUGGUUGGAUGAUUGACCUGAACUUCAGAUAAAUUUCCCUUCCCCUCUUUUAUUGUUUGAAAAUUAAUCAGUUUCUGAAGCAUUACCACAGAUGAUGUUGUGAAUAAUAGGGGUCAAGCAGUCAGAUUUUAGGAAUCAUCUAGUGCGAACCUCCUAAUUUUACAGAUGAGGAAAUGGAGGCCCAAAGACAGGUGGCUUGCCUAAGGUCACACAACUAGUAGAGGCAAAGCUGAGAUAGGAAAAAUAAAUCCCAUGACACUAAACCUAUUGUUCUUUCCACUGUCAUGCUGCCUCCCAAUAAUAACAAUCAUGCCUUGCAAAUAAUGAUUUUGUUCACUUCCUAAGGAAGUAUUAACCUUAUAUUUUUACUAUCUAUAGUUCAUUGUGGUCAAGGCUUGACAAGUUUCUGUUGCAGUAAUUGGAACUAGGCAGUUUUUUCAUAUAGAUCUGCAAGAGAUCAUUCAUACUAAUUGAUUUAAUAUUUGAGGACAGGGCAUUAUACUACUAAUAACAGCUGGUUUAUAUGGUGAUGUAUGGUGUGCAGACUACAUUAUCUGAGUUGAGCCUCAAAACAAACCUAUAAGAUAGGUGCAACAGGUGAUAUCUUCAUUUUACAGAUGAACGAACAGAGGGUCAAAAAGGCUGAAUGGUUUGUCCAUAGUUGAGUGUCUCAUGAGGGUCAGAGACAGGCUUCUAACCUCGGUGUUCCUGACCAGCUGAAGCACUCUAACCUCUCUAUGAGGCUUUUGUUUGUCAGGACUUUAUUGUUUUGUGUACAAAACUCAUAUGACUUGUUAUAUUUAAGGGGACUUGCACUCCAGCCAAAUGACUUUUCUAUAAAUAAGAAUAUCCUUGACUUUCUAGAAGUCUUUGCCUACCAAAUAACUUCCAGAAAGGCUAAAUGAUGCCAGUCAGAGGGACUGCAGGGCAAACUAAGGGCACAAAGUCAAAUUGUUAAUUGUUUGUUGUAACAAAACUGAAGUUGUUGAUCUUGUAUUUGGCAUUUGCUUUGCUAGAUCCUAGGCAAGCAGUAGGCAGGAAGGAUUCUUUUUACAUUGCCUCACAGGAACAUUUUAGCCUUCUCAUUAUUUUGUAGACCUUAAUGAGAAAGGCCCAAAAUACUCAGCUUUUGUGAGGACCCCAGAAGUAGCUCCUCUUUUGAUUGUGAAAAGUUACAUGUUUCUAGUGUGUUUAAAAUUCAUACUGUGAGCUGAAGAAAGAUGGUGCAAAUUGAAAUUUGGAGAACUUUUGAAACUUUGAGAGAGUUCUUAAACUUUAGACUGAAUAUUUUCUGUGAUCAUUCGAGUGAUUCUAUAAAAUUCUCCUAAGAAGCAGUUGUCUGUUAAAAAUCACAUUGCCUGUGUAACUUACUCAUCAAAACUUAAAAAAUUGUUAUGUCCUUCCUACCUACUUUAUUCUGGUGACGGUAUGCAUUGCAAAUAUCCAAAACUCUAUCAAUGGGCAAUAUUGGGCAUUUUUUAAUGUAUGGUUUUAUGUAUGGUUAUGUAUUUCUUAUAUGUGAUUUAGAGUAGAUGUCUUCCGAGGUCCUUAUAAUUCUGUUGUUCUUUCCACCAUUGCACAUUGGUGUUAAGAUCAUGCUAAUGUCCAUGGCAAUCACCAUUAAGUAUUGUAAUUAAGUGCAUUCUAAAUUACCAAAGAUAUUUUUAGUUAUAUUCAGUAUAAUUCUUAUUUCC